UUCGCAGGCACUUGGUGGACCGUGUCGGCACGUGUACGGCGGCUCAUCGUCGCGGAUUAGGAAAAGAGAUCCGGCCACAGAACCGCAGCAGAGACCGCAAAAAAAACAGACCAAGCGAUGGCCAGGACGGCGGUGCUCCUGCUCCUGGCGGUGGCGAUGGCGGUGACAGUGCUCCUGCCCCUCGCAUCGGGCACCUCCGACUGGAUGCAGAGCUGCGGCAGCUGCCACUGCCACUGGAAUUCGGGCAAGAAGAGCGCCGACUGCAAGAACAAGGCGCUCACCAAGAUCCCGCUGGACAUGAGCAACGAGAUGCAGGUGCUGGACUUUGCCAACAACCAGAUCCCCGAGCUGCGGCGCGAGGAGUUUCUGCAGGCGGGUCUGCCCAAUGUGCACAAGGUGUAUCUGCGCAACUGCACCAUCCAGGAGGUGCAUCGCGAGGCGUUCAAGGGUCUGCACAUCCUGAUCGAGCUGGACAUGUCCGGCAAUCGGAUACGGGAACUGCAUCCGGGCACCUUUGCGGGCCUGGAGAAGCUGCGCAACGUGAUCAUCAACAACAACGAGAUCGAGGUGCUGCCCAACCACCUGUUCGUCAAUCUGAGCUACCUGUCGCGCAUCGAGUUCCGGAACAAUCGGCUGCAUCAGGUGCAGCUGCACGUCUUCGCCGGCACGGUGGCGCUGAGCGCCAUCUCGCUGGAGCAGAACCGACUGGCCCACCUGCACAAGGAGACGUUCAAGGACCUGCAGAAGCUGAUGCACCUGUCGCUCCAGGGCAACGCCUGGAACUGCAGCUGCGAGCUGCAGGACUUCCGUGACUUUGCGAUCAACAAGCGCCUCUACACCCCGCCCACCGACUGCCAGGAGCCGCCCCAGCUGCGCGGCAAGCUGUGGAGCGAGGUGCCCUCGGAGAACUUCGCCUGCCGGCCGCGCAUCCUCGGCUCCGUGCGCUCCUUCGUGGAGGCCAACCACGACAACAUCUCCCUGCCCUGUCGCAUCGUGGGCAGUCCGCGUCCGAAUGUCACCUGGGUGUACAACAAGCGGCCGCUGCAGACGUACGAUCCGCGGGUGCGGGUCCUCAACUCCGUGGAGCAGCUGCCGGCAUCGCAGGUGCUCACCUCGGAGCUGCGAAUCGUGGGCGUCCGUGCCUCCGACAAGGGGGCCUACACCUGCGUGGCGGACAACCGCGGUGGUCGGGCGGAAGCCGAGUUCCAGCUGAUCGUGAGCGGCGACUACACCGGCGCCAUGUCCCCCUCCGACGGCCUGGGCGGCAUGGGUCUGGGCGGCAUGGGCGCCAUCGGGGCGCCGGCCAUUGAUACGCAGACGAACGUGUUCCUCAUCAUCUGCCUGAUCACCACCACGCUGCUGCUGCUCUUGAUCGUGGUGGUGCUGACGCUGUUGUGGUACUGCCGCCGCAUCAAGACCUACCAGAAGGACACCACCAUGAUGAGCGGCGACGGGCUGAUCUCCUCCAAGAUGGACAAGACGCACAACGGCUCCAUGCUCGAGGGCUCUGUCAUCAUGGAGAUGCAGAAGAGCCUGCUUAACGAGGUCAAUCCCGUGGAGAAGCCGCCGCGUCGCACGGACAUCGAGAGUGUGGAUGGAGGCGACGAUGGACUCGAGAUCAAGAAGACGCUGCUCGACGACACGGUUUAUGUGCCCAACCACUCGCGGGAUGAGGAAGCCCACUCGGUGGCUCUGUCGGACACGACGACCACGCCCCGGUCGCGACACACCUACGUAGACGACGCCUACGCCAACAGCCUGCCGCCGGACCUGCUGGCCUUCCCCGCCCGCGUGCCGCCCACCUCGCCCUCGAUGCAGUCCUCGCAGUCGAACAUCCCCGACCAGGUGAUCUACGGCAUCCGCUCGCCGCCCUCGCUGACCAGCCCGGUGUACACGCACAUGACGCCCCACGGCAUCUACGGCACCAAGACGAUGGCGGCUCCGCACAACGGCUUCAUGACGCUGCAGCAUCCCAAGUCACGCAACCUGGCCCUGAUCGCCACGGCCAACAGCAGUCGGCAGCACCAGCACCAGCACCACCAUCUCCAGCAGCAGCAGCAGCAUCCGCUGGCCGCCACCUCGCCAUUUCUGCCCGCUCCCGUCGUCUAUUCGCCGGCCACGGCCGUGGUCAUGAAACAGGGCUACAUGACCAUUCCGCGCAAGCCGCGCACCCCCAGCUGGGCGCCCAGCACGUCUGGAGCGGCCGGCGGGCACGGUGCCAUCCAGCUGAGCGAGUUCCAGAGCCCCACCUCGCCGAAUCCCAGCGAGACGGGCACCGCCACCACAGCGGAACUGCAGGCGGAGCCCGUGUACGACAAUUUGGGGCUACGCACCACGGCCGGCGGCAACUCCACCCUCAACCUGACCAAGAUCGCCGGCACCCAGGGCCCAGGUCAGCAGUACUCGAUGCGGGACCGACCCCUUCCGGCCACGCCCAGUCUGACCUCGGUGUCAUCGGCGACGAAUGCCAGCAAGAUCUACGAGCCCAUACAUGAGCUGAUCCAGCAGCAGCAGCAACUCCAGCAGCAGCAACUGCAGCAACAGCAACAGCAGCAACAGCAACUGCAGCAGCAGCAGCGGCUGGGCUCCUCGGACAUGGAGCCACUGUACGGGGUACGGCACCAGGGGAUCACGAUACUGCCCGGAUCCAGCAUCAGUGGGGCCGGCCUGGGGCACGCCGCGUAUCUCUCGCCCGUGCCGUCGGCUGUAUCCCCCAGCCACGCCGGCAGCAGCAGCGGCGACUCACCGAAGACCGCCAAGAUCCCACCGCGGCCACCACCGAAACCCAAGAAGAAGAUGUCCGUGACGACGACGCGCAGCGGUCAGGGCAGCACCAGCCAGCUCUUCGACGACGAGGGCGAGGAUGGCACCGAAGUCUAGUUUGGCACUCACACGGCGGCUGAUGGAGAUGCAGAGACAUGAUGGAGUAGCAGGCGAUGAGGAGGAGUCCCUGGCAGCUUUAGUGCGUGAGAAGAUGGGAUGCAGCCAGAUGACGGAGGACAGGGAAUGGAGGAUAGGGGACAGAGGACCGACAACAGCUACAUUAACAUCCGCUGUUGCGGCUUGUAAAAACAGCCGCCAGAAGGAUUCUGUUCCGUGGUUCACGCCACUGCGUGACUUGUGUGCCAAACGACUGAUGUAGGUUUUAGUAAUUAAAUCGAUGAACAUGCGAUAAACAAGAAUACAAAAACGAGAAAAUAUAUAUACUCUAUCCAGAUGGACAGAGAGGUCCCAAUCCCAAUCCGUUAGGGCGAUCCACGCGUCGGAUGAAAUCGCUUUUUAGAACCAUCUAAUCCCAAAAUCGUAUAUGCGGAAAUACGUGAAAACCCAAUUGUAAUACCACCUUUUUUUGUGUAGACUAGUUAGUUUGGUACAAAACGCAUUAUUCGUAUAUAUAUAUACACAAUUUUAAAAGUAUAUAAACCUUAAAAAAAACAGAUCCUAUAAUGAAACAAAUAUUAAACAUAGGAAAAAACUUUCAAAUCAACGACAGUUUAUUUAAACGCAAAAAAUAAAACUAAAAAAAGAAAAAAAAAACAAUUCAUAUUUUCAAAAUUUUGCAAAUUUUAUAAAAUUGUAAAUGUAAAAUGCAUACAGUUAAUCAUAUUAAGCUAUAUAUAUUAAUGAAUACAUAUAUACUAAGUGUAAGCAAACAAAUUGUAUCCUUACAAAUUUUUUUUUUUGUUUUACGGAAGCCACCACGAAUUGGAAAUUAAACUAUAUGAAAAGUAUAUUCAUAGCGGGUAAGUUUGUUAAGUGCAUUAGCGGUAGGAUAAAGGGUUUGCAGUCGCAAUUAAAACAAUGAAUUGAAACUUCUAUGUAUACAUAUAGUCUAGAAAGAAGGCGCGUCAAAAUAAGGUCAGCUAUAAUAACGAUUGUACUAGUUAUAAAACAAUAUAUAAAAUAAAUUUCUAUGUACAUGGA